AUGAAGCUCACUUCUUCCGGGACCGCAGCAGCAGCAGCAGUGGCAGCUCUGUCUUGCUUACCAUCGAUAUGUGCGGCAGCAGAACCGAUCACAAUAGCAAGACCUAGCGACGACUAUGCUCAAGACCUGCUUCGACAAUCCCUGACCUUCAUGGACCAAUUAUACGACCGACAAGCGGGGUAUCUCUACAGAUUCGACACGGCACUCCUGCACGACACGCGCUCGUCUUCGUGGUAUGCGACCGGUUUGCUCGCACGCAACGAGAACGAUGGGGACGACGUCGAACAGGCGAUCAAAAUCCUUGGGAACAUCAUCGCACCUCAAUUCACGAACGCGAGCGAGCAAUGGUUUGGGACGUAUCAAACGUAUGCGGAACAGCCAUAUCCGGGGACGGAGAAGUAUCCAGCUGUGAUGUACAAUACGUGGGAUCCGAGUAUGCCUUUCUUCUUCAUUGAUCAGAGGUUUGAUACCCUAGACCAUUGGAGAGGUUUCAUAGGCAUGGCUUUCAUAAUGUGCCUCGAAGAAUAUCACACUCUUCUUCCGGAAUGGCUGCAACUGGCCAUGCUCGACAGUCUUCAUCUGAACGCGAUUGGAGACUCCUAUCGUGUGGGCGGCAUCGACAAUGACAACCUCUAUCCAGCGUAUUCGAAUGCUGCCAUUAUGAAGGCAGCCGUAUCAGCGUGGAUUGGACCACGGAUGAACAAUGCGACAUUGACAGCCGAAGGCGAGGUGUGGGCCCAGCAGAUUAUUGACCUGUUCGACGAGACCGGAGGCAGUCUGAGUGAGUUCAAUAGCCCCACGUAUACGGGGGUGUCGCUGUUAGGCUUGACUGUCGCUGUCAAAUACCUUCCGUCGACUUCGACUCUACGGGUCAAUGCUCCUCGGAUGAUCACGAGCACCUGGACUCAGUUCGGCCAGCUCUACAACGCAAAUCUCCGGCAGUUGUCUGGGCCGUGGGACCGAGCUUAUGGGUAUGAUGAGUCUCGCUACAUGUCCAUCAUGGCUCUUUGGAUCUGGAGUCUCGUGGGCUUGGACGCUUCGCCGUUUGGGAAUAACUUCAAGCCAUGGGCCAUUGCUCACAAUGACGACUAUGAGAUUGGUCCUCUGGUGGCGAUCUUGUCCCCAUUCCAUUUGGAUUCGGGACUGCUGAGCGACAAAGUGCUCAGAUCAAUGACCGAGUUCGAUGACCCAGGUGAAGAAGGCAGAAUUUUCCAGGCUUCUGCGCUUUCCGACGCAUAUGAUUACGUCCCUCGCAAUGUCACGUCGUGGAUCUCGACCAACCUGACAAUUGGUGCCGAGAGCUUCGAUAUGAACGUUCAAGGAGGACCGGCGAGAAACCUCGCUCAUUUUAACCCCGCCGUGGCUCAGUGGCUGCGUGAGGACGGCACCAUUGGUUUUCUCACGCUAUAUCCCCAGAUGGAGGCACUACACGCCGAAGUCAGUGCCCGACGAUUGAAUCUUACCUUUCCCAAGGGUAAUGACACGAGCAAAUUCGUGUUACACGUCAGUCCCAAUGGAUUGUCUGGGACAAGUGACAUCCGCUCGUGGGCUGAUGUGUCGGGUAUCAACGUCAAGAUAUCCGGGACGGUUGUGCCAGAAGCAAACGUGAGCUUCUGCGGAAUCGUUGGGGGAUCCUGCGCCCCAGUCAACGAAUUUGAUCUGUGGAGUUUCACGUACAGCAUGCCGGCUGGCACGCAGAUACCGAACCUUGUCCUUGAUCUCGAGCUGGAACAGCACGUUUAGAGAGUAGUGUGUUCGUAGCAGCAGCUAUAGAGCGAGGAUCUUGCCUGCCAGCAGCAUCGGAAGUAGCACGGCAACUGUCGUGGAUCCCACAGCUAGUGCAUUCGUCGUCAGAUAAGCUAUCGCGUGACGCUUGCGCAGUCCCAAUGUACAGGUAGUUGUGCAGUAGCAGCCGAUGUUAUUACGUUGCCGCCGACGAUGUGGGAUACGCGAGCGACCGAAGGGCCUGACAGAUGGCCGAACAAGAUGCCGAAACAUAC